ACAAAUAUUAGAAAGUAUCGUCUUGCAAAUUCUCUUGCAUUGUCUCGCAGCAGGAUUUUUGCAAGCAUUGAAAAGCGCCAUGCAGCAGACCGGGGUCGAAAUUCAAGAUUUAACUGUCACCAGCAGUGAUGGUACCAAUCCACAAGCAACUCCUGCAGGCGAAGAAGGAAGCAAUCCGGGAGCAACAGUACCAAUCGAUGAAUGGACGGACAUCACGACCGAUUUUUUCGAUUGUGUAAAAGAUCUAAAGCUCGGAGAACUUGUGCAUGACUCGCUGUUCGGGUUGCUCGAGGCAAUGUCCGCUAUCGAAAUGAUGGACCCGAAAAUGGAUGCCGGAAUGUGCUGCAACAGGGAAGCCACACCGUUAACAUUUGAUACUGCAGUCGAGACGGGUCAGCUUAAGUUGGUCAACUUGGAGCCAAAGGAAUGCAUUGGCAUCAUCGAUGCAGUUUACUCGUGUACCGUUUCAUGGCUGGAGGGACACUCGAUGGCACAAACCGUACUCACCUGCCUCUAUCUUCAUAAACCGAACCGCGUCGAGUGUAAAACGAUGAAAUCGUUUUCCAUUGCAAUACAGAAGAUUAUUAACUUGAUAAGAAAUUUCAUCUUCAGGGCUCAUGUUUUCGAAGAGGAAGACUUCCAACUUGGCACAUUCGACAACAACCUGUGCUCAGAAAUAACGGAGGCUAAAGCAUUGAAUAUGUUGAAAACUGCAGAGGACGAUCUGAUCAAAAAGGCUAAGGAUGUUGAAGACGAGACGGAAAAAGAUGCAAUACAAGCAUUGCUGACAAGAAUGCGUUUUACCAGGCUGUUUCUGCAAUGUUUGGUCUCGCUUUACCCAGUGAAACAAAGUACGACAUGGCAGCUAGGGCAAGAAAUAACGGUGCAAAGCGUUUCACCGACGAAAAAUGAGAUGGUCGACAUUGUGAAAUCGUUGAACGGUGCAUUGGAGCUGGCACAGACCAUGGAGAAGACAAUCGAUCUCGGCACGCAACCGGAGGAAGGAUCCGACGCACCGAAUCCGAUGGGCUUUUCCAUGAUGGUGAACCAACGGUUGCUUCCUCCGACCUUUCCCAGGAGCACCAAAAUCAAGGACCGCAAAUCGAGCAUCCAGUAUCUGGUAGAAUUGAUACAGCGCAUAAAGCAUGCCUGCAAAAUAGUGAACUGUACCAACUUUCACGCCGCUUUGAAUUUUCUUAUGGAUUUCAGCAAAAAGUUCGGACCAUGUCUACUGUCUCGGAGCAUCCCGCAAACCUUGUAUCUGCCUGCCCGUGGCAAGGUGUUCGGGGUGAAACCGCUGACGGAGGUGCUCAAAGAGUCUGCCAGGGCGUUCAUUGCCCCUCCCGUUCUGCUUCCCGAUAAUCCACUGUUUAACCAUGUGGGCGCCGUAAUGUGCGUCAAUUCGUUUUUCGAGUACAACGAACCGACGUUUAGUACACUGUUUGCAAUCUGCGGAUACAAUCGCGCCCGGCAACGGGACCGGCUGGGCAUGAUAAUGUCAAGCUUCGCACACCUGCAGGACGAAGCGGAACGGGUCGACGUUUACCUGCACUCGCUGUCGCUGAAGAAUGAAAACUCGCGUCAGCAUCUGGCGUGCUUCGGCACGUGGGUGUUCUACCAUUGUCUGCGGGCGAUGUCCUUCUACCUGCUGGCGGGGUUAGAGCUGGAGCUUUACAGUGUGCACGAGUAUUUGUACAUUUUCUGGUACCUCUACCAGUAUCUGUUCUGCUGGAUCGGGUCCGCCCUGACGCGGGCCGAAACGUUCCUGGCCGAGCAGGAGUACAUGGCCGACAUGAAGGCGGCGGCAACGAAGGGUGCCAAUCAGAAGAAACCGAAGGCGAAGAAACGGAAGAGCAAGUCCGACGCAAAGGAGAUCAUCUUCAAUCACGCCAUUCAAACGUUGUGCGGCGGGUACUACAAGGCGCUGGCCGGGUUCAUUAAGGAGGAUAGAAUCCCGGAACCGCUGCCAACGUUUGAUAACGAGCAGGUUCGCUUCGAGCAUCGUUUUGCCCCGUUUGCCACGCUCGCGACGCCACCGCCGAUGCCGUACUCCGAGUUUAAGCAGAUGAAAAUUUUCCUGCUACAAUCGCCCGCGACGGAGCUGUAUGCGGCCGCUGCCAAGCACUUCCACGAGGCUCGGACGCUGCUGGAAACGUUCCCCAAUCCGGACGACGAUUGGUCCGAAGUCGUGAAGGUGGCCAAAAUGAAUUUCGUCAUGAUGAAUCUGCUCGCCAGCGGGCACAGCAGGCAGUCGAAAUUGCCGCCCGAGUUCGAUUUCUCCUGCCAUCGGUACUUUCCGAUCAUUAAGCAAAGGAAAUAGCAUCGCGCAGAAACGAACCCGCAUGAACCUGCGGUCAAAGCCGUGGGUACGGUCGCGCUCCGUACCAUUCCACUGGUCGUCGGGGAAUGCUGUCGCUAAUUUAUUCUAGCUGGAAGUUGUAUAUUGUACCAUGAAUAAAUAUUUUGUGUGCAGAA